AUGGCUCCCAAGAAGAAGGAGUCGCUGCUUGACGCCUGUGCGCGGGUCACCGCCAUGGGAGACACGGUAGCGGCGCGCAUGGUCGAGUACAUGACUCUCAAGCAUCAGCUGCAGGGGUUUCGGCCGCUGGCCACCGAGUUUCUCGACCUCAGUCACAUCUUGUUUUCCAUCGAGGCCGGUCUGACCGAGGCCGCGCACUCGCACAAUCAAUUUCCCGAGGACAUGACGCAGGAGCUGGUCAAGAGAUUCCACCAAACCCACGACGACUUCACCGCGCUGAAUCAGAUGCUGACCAAAUUUCUCGAAAACGAGAAGAAAACCGGGCUGGGUAAGCUCCGCAAGGGAUGGCACGCCGUUUUUACCGAUGCGGACAUUGACAAGGUCCGGGAUUCCCUGGCCAUGAGCCGCGAGACGUUGCGAGUGAGUGCUCUGGUCUUCCGCUGGUCGCUGGGCGACGCCAAAUCCAACCCAUCCAUGGGCAUCGGAUACACUGGUCUGACCGCUGUCCUGGAGCGGCUGAACGCGAAGAAAGCACCCGUCGCUCUCCCGGUUGCGCCCUGUCCGACAGAGAUGGGCAUCGGAUAUGCAGGCCUGGCGGCUGUCGUGGAGCGUAUCAGCGCGAGGAAAGCGAGCUCGACCCGUGCUCCGGCUGCGGCUCCUCGGCCUCCUUCCGAGCCUCCUUCAGAACCUCCUGCAGAACCUCCUGCAGAACCUUCUGCAGAACUCCCAACUCGACUUUAUGCACCACCGGUUCCUAACACCCUACCUCCACUUCCGCCGGACAAGGGUCCCCAUUACACGCUGUUUCCACGGCCAGAUGCCCCUCUCAGCGCCUAUGGCGCCCUGGACCGACACCACUUCAAACGUGCGCCCAGCACCAUAUCGAGCAAGCUGACCACCUCGUCUGCUACGAGGGAGACGGGUCUGCCCAUUCAUGAACACAGCUCGGCAUCUGAGAUCCUGCUAUCUGACCACGGGUCUGUCAAGUCGGCUGAUUCCAUGACCCAAAUCGAAGAUAUGAUCCACGAGAUUGAAUUGAACGAUAGGCUCUCCACCAAAGCGGUCCGUAUCAAGGCCGAGCCGACCACCGUGCCUCGAUGGACUCCCAAGCAGACCACGGGCGCCAACUCGGCUCCGUUGAGAGCAGCUCUGUUGAGUGCCGUGCAACAGAGAAAGCAUAAGAUGAUCGAACAGCUGCUAGACUGCGGUGUUCCCCCCGACAGUGGAUUGGAAGUCAACGUCCUCCGAGAGGCAGUCCUCAACCGUGACCCGGAGACCGUACGGCUGUUGUUGCUGUUCGGGGCCGAUCCCAACGCCGCUGACAGACAUGGGCUCACUCCGCUGUACACCGCCACGGAAUUGGGCUCCCUUGAAGUGACCAAAUUGCUCUUGAAGUACGGCGGCGACCCUAACCUGCCGGCCGGUCCCGAGUAUCUGUCUCCGCUGGGCAUGUCGGUCGUCGAGGACAGAGCGGAGUUUGUUCACUUGUGCCUGACCUAUGGUGGCGACGCGAACCUGAACAUGCCGAAUGGCAACACGCUGCUCAUCCAGGCCAUCAGCGAGACCACUCCCCAGAAGCUGUUGGAGCUCAUGUUGAAUUACGGCAGCGACCCCAACGGCAAGAAUAGCGAAGGCCAGACGCCGCUCAUAGCCGCCAUCCAAGCGAGGAGGAUCGACCUGACCACGGUUCUCCUCGAUCAUGGAGCUAACCCCAACCUGCCGGGGCCCAAGCACCCCUUGUGGUCAGCAACCUACCUGCCCCGGGCGUUGCAACUUCUGCUAUCCCGGGGGGCCGACACCAAGAAGUGCCCGGGUGUUCUGGAGCUUGCCACCAGCAUCAACAACGUGGAUUCGGUCAUCACGCUACUCAAAGCCGGUGUUGACCCCAAUGCCAAAAACGACGGCACCUACACGCCGCUGUGCACGGCUAUCCGCGACAACCGUGCUGAGCUGGUGUCCCUGCUUCUGGCCAACGGCGCCGACCCGAACGUCAUGGCCUCCGAGUAUCCAGCCUGGAAAUGCGUCAGUCGUCACCGUACCCAACUUCUGCCGGAGCUGGUGGCAGCAGGGGCAGAUCUGCACAAGCCGAAAGGGAUUCUCGAGAAGGCGGUAGCACAUAACAACAAAGAAGCCGUCAUGUAUCUCCUAGGUCAAGGGGUGGAUCCAAACGCCCGAAGCGUGGAAGGCCAUACGGCGCUGACCACCGCGAUCCGAGACGACCGCCACGAGUUUAUCGACAUGCUGUUGGCACGCGGCGCGGACCCUGGAGUUCGGGGCCAAGAAUGGCCCAUCAGCAUGGCGGUCAAACGACCAGAAAUACUCAAGAAGUUGCUUCCGCAUGUGGCCAACCCACGGGCUGUCAAGGGCGUGAUAGAGCAGGCCGUGGAGGCGAACCAGCUGGAGAGCGUCAAGCUGUUGUUAAAGGCCGGGGUCAGCGUGGAAGACAAGACCGGCGGCGUGUUUUCGCCGCUCACCACGGCCAUCCGCGAGCAUUACCCGGAGAUUGUGCGCUUCUUGCUCGACGAGGCCGGCGCCGACGUCAAUGCCCCCGGCGAGCACCUGCCCAUUAUCAAAGCCGUCCGCAGGUGCCGCGGCACCAACACAGAUAUUCUCGAGAUGCUGCUCGCCCGCGGCGCCGACAUCAACCUCAUGUACCGUGGUUGGAACGCGGUUCUUCAGGCGGUGGAGAACGGCGACGCCAACAUUCUGAGGCUGCUGGUUGAGCGAGGUGGCGGCGUCGAUUUGCAGGUCACCGACGAGUCGGGACGCACGGUGAUGGAGAUUGUGAAUGAGCGAGGCUGGGACGAGGCCGUAACUAUCUUGACAGGUCAGGUCAGUAUGAAGUAG